CAUGUGAACGGUCCACAUCUUUGCUGAUUUGUGAAUUCACAUUUUACCAAUAUCAACUUUAUUCUCGAUUUGUGAUUUGCGUGCUGUUGUUUAGUGAAGCUCUAUUGAUAGACAAACGACGAAAAGAAAGUCUGAAAUAAAGAAUAUCGCAAAAGAAAAUCGCCUCAAACGAAUUGUGUGUCAAAAACUUUUUGGGUAAACUAAUUUAAAUCAGAAAAAACGUGAACCGAAAAGUGGAAUAUUAAAAGUGAGGAGAAAGUGAAAAAAAAAUUGUGGUGAUUUUGUGGUUUUAUUGUGUACUUUUCUAGUGAAAGUUUGGACGAUUUCCAUACAACUGUUGUAAGGGGCUUUUUUCUGUUUUGCCAUAUAUGCCAAAUAAUGUUACAUAUUAACGUAAAAGCAACGGCAAACGUUAUUUGGAGCAAAUUUUGUACGUGCAAUAUCCAUUAUGAUUAACAAAAUUAAACGACAAACAAGCGAAGCAUAAAAUUAUCCAUAUGAGAGACGCACGACCAACUAAAAGAAGCAGCGUUUAUGUGCAGGCAUUUUGAUAUAUCUGUAUCAAUAAUAACAUCAUCGGCAGCAAAAGCAACGGCAUAAUUCCAUUUAUUCUGCACAAUAAAACAAAGCUUAAUAGAGAAAAAGAGAGAAUUUUACAUAAAUGCGUGUGUCUAUGUGUUUUCAAUGGCAAUAAUGCCCGAAAGCACAAUCACACAUCCACAUCCACAUCAACAUCAACAUAAAUUGGUGGAAAAUGCGUUUUAAUGAAUAAAUAUGAUAUGAUGAGCAUACAGGAAUCUAACAAGACACCCCGAGCAGGUUCGUGAGAAAACACACAGCCGCGAGAGAAAAAAAGUGAGCAAGAGAUAGAAAAGUCGAGAGAGACGGAAAAAAGUAAUAAUCUCUAAUAGCACAGCCACGGCAAAUAAUAAAUACACAAAAAUAAAACAAAACACGAUCUAAUUAAUGCUAUUAAGCAUUAAACCAACAUAUUAAGUUAAACGAAUAUUGAUGCUUGUUCAUCCAUCAAAUUAUUUUUGACGGCCUAUUUUUAUAUCACAUCAUUUUCUCGUAUACACGCUUUGUAGGUGGCUUUGUGUACGUGUGUUUGCGAGCUUCUGAUCCAAGUUCAAUUGAUAGCUUUAGACGUAGACAAAUAAACUGAAUUGAAUGUGAGACGAGCAACGAGAAAAUCAAACGAAAAACAAAGAAAAAGACAAAUAACCGCAUUAAUCAAGUGCAAAAGCGAAAAGAAAAGGCACAGCGUUAGCAUAUAUGGUUAUUGUCACGGUCAACGAGUUAGCUGUGUCCAUAUGAAGAUUUUAUGGGAAUCGUUUUCAUUUUUGUCAACACCGUUUGUUCGCCUCAGCACCCGUCCCAAAAAAAAUUAUCACUAUGUGAUUUCAAUUGUAGCAUUCAUUUUAUUAUUUACGCCACACUGUAUCGCCCAAGAUUCAACCACCAUUGAUAAAGUGAACGACACUAUUGUCAACGCAACACAUCCAAAAUGGUCGAUUGUGAAGAAUGCAGAUGACAGUGGUUCACAAUCAUCAGAUGCCAGAGUUGCGAUCUCAAAACGACAAUCACCAACAAAAAUAUCCAACUCAUUGUCAUCGAAUCGAAUGUUUUCAUCAAACUAUCAUCGUGCAACUGAUGCUCCCACGCAUGAUCAUCAUGAAAAAUCGCAUCUAUUUACACGCGACGCGAGCACCAGCAGCAAAACCAAUUUUCCACCAUCCACUCCCGUUAAAUUAGUAACCAUGCCUGGAAUCGAACAACCAUCAUCAGCUUCAAUAAACAAUGUGUUGAUCUUAAUCCAAACACACAAAAAUAUCGAACUAAAUCUUGUACGUGAUCAAUUUCAUCAAUUUACUGAUAUGUUUGGCGUUAAGCUAGCAAAUAUUACGAUUGAUUUUGAUACGAUAGACGGUAUCAGUACCCUCAUCAAACGACUGGAUUCGCUCAAUUAUUCAACAAUAUAUUUCCAGCUCGAUGAAAGCUAUAUCAGAAACUUUAGCGUCAAUUGUGACAUAUUACAGCAGCUGUCCUCAGUUUAUCACCGGCACAUCAUCUUUUGGCCAUGUGUGUGCAUGAAGAAAUCUGAACGUUAUCUGCCGUCAUUUCAAACGAUUGCGUAUGCAAUCCAAAGUGCUUCGCAGAAAUUCAAUUGGAGUGAAGCGAUUAUUUUUGCGGAUAACGAAUAUGGUUUACCGUUAGCAAUAGCAGCAAACUUGCAUUUACCAUAUCACAUUAAAAUCGGAUUGGAUAAUUUCAACAAUUUCCAUAAUAUGGAUGCAUUUGAUAGACUGUUCAUUAUAACAUCAUCGUUAAACUCACAUGAAACAUUAACUUUGCUGCGUCAAUUAAGCGUUUACAAUCGAUCAAAAAUCUUAAUAAUUGACAUAAUCGGCAACAUUUUCAAUAAACAGAAUGAAUUUUAUAAAACAAUAAAUCAACACAAAGAGAAAUGGUUGUCGGGCAAUUUGCUGGUUUUGACAACGUUAACAUCCAAAUUGAAACGAUUUUUAAAUGCAACAUUAACCACGGAUUUUAACAAUAUUUAUGGUAAAAUGCGUGAUGAGUCGACGACCGGAUAUAAACAACGAACGACAACGGCAACAGCAGCAACAAUGGCCGAUAUUGACGUCGAUCAGCGCAGUGCUAUUAAUUUGCUGGAAAUGCGGUUAAAUGAGUACGGUCAACGUGAUGCAUACCAAAGCAACGGCGAUGAUAAUAUUCUAGUGCAUUUCAACGAAACUGAAUUAAAUUUAAUUGCAUCUGUUUUUGAAAAGUUGCAUAACGACAUUUGUCGUUUGAGGGCUGAAUCGGUGGCGGCCGAGGCCGCGAUACAAGCAAAAAGUAUGUCAAAUGUGGCGAAAUCAUCGCAUGAUGUGCACAAUAAAACACAUUUUUUCGAAAAAUUCGGAAACACCAGUCGUGCAGAUGCUGUAAACGAAUCGCUUUCAAUAUGUGCACCGAAUAAUAAUAGUUUAUCGAAAUGUGAAAUGGUUUUGCGCGAAAGAGCAACACUGUUUGCUAAUAGUACACGUACAAUGGAUAUUACAAAAGUUUUAUGUGAGCAAAUACAAUUAUGGCGGCAAAAGAAUCCACCAUCACCACCACCACCACCACCGCCAACACUAGUGUCGCAGCAACAACAACAUCAACAGCACCAGCAACAGCAUUUCAUGCAAAAUAAUAAAUCAAACAGUAUGCCAAAUAUUUCGAAUAGAAAUGUAAACAAUCUUGAGAUAAAUCGAAUCGCAACAACCGUAGAAUGGCAAACAAGCGAUGAAAUGAAUGCAAAUCUCAUUUCCGAUACGAGCAGUGAAUUUGUAAAGAAUCUGAUACCGAAUCAAAUUGAUGCUGAAUUCAGUGAAUAUUUUCCAUUUUUUGAUUUUAUCGUAACAAAACUAGCGUUAAGUCAUAAUUUAACUGUCAAUUAUAACAAACUGAACAGCAGUAAAUAUGUAACUGCUGCACCAAAUGGUACCGUAUCGCCAACGCUUGACGAUACAUUUGAUUUUUGUGUGCUUGAGCUCCAUUUAAAUAAUCAGGCCACUUCAAUGAAUGAGAAUGACGAUGCCGACAGCGUCAGUCGUAACAAUACAACCAAUUCGAUUCCUUUGAAUCGAACACAUAUUGCUGCCACAUUUGUAUGGCGACCGGUUCUCAUUUUAAGGCAAAAUGAACUCCAUCAGAAUAUCUUUGUCACGCAUCCAUUGUUGCCGUAUCGAUAUCCGAGUUGGUUUUUUGAAAAUACGCAUAAAUUUUGGACGUGUGGUUUGUUGUGCUGGAUUUUGGCUGGUAUCGUCAUAUUGUUACUCGUUUGUAUUUUGGUAGCGAGCAUCACGUUCGGUUUGGCAAUUAGAAAUUAUUUGUUGAAAAAGCGACUAUCGAAGGGACCGAAUAAGAUUGUUCUAUCGGCUGCCGAUUUUGUUUUUCCGAUUGACGUACGACGGGUUGAUGAAGGCAUUGAAGCAAUGCUGUGCUGUUGGUUGCAGCAACUUCAAGAGUUUGGCGGUCCAGAGGUAGACAAACCGGAUCUAUUGAAAGGUUCGAUCGGUUCGUUAAAGAAUCUUGGUUUGGUGAACAACGCAUCAUCGGCAACAUCGACCACAACAUCGACCGCACCAGCUGUUGCGACCACAACAACAACCAAUAUGAAAGCAAAUGUUUCCACAUCGGGCAACAUUAUAAAGCAUAAUCCUUGCCUUGAUAAACGAGCUCGUUAUAAUGGUGAUUUAGUGCAAUUGAAGGAAAUGCCAACGGGUGCAUCGAACGAGCUGAAAGCCAAAGCCAUGGACCAUCUGGUAAUGGCACAUGGAUUGCGACAUGAGAAUAUAAAUCCCUUAAUCGGUUGGCUGGCAGAUCCAAUGCGGAACGCAAUAGUGUUCGAGUAUUGUUCGCGUGGUUCACUUCAAGAUGUGCUUAUCAUGGACGAAAUUAAAUUAGACUGGUCAUUUCGUUUAAGUUUAUUAACCGAUUUGGUGCGUGCUAUGCGAUAUUUACAUUCGUCAGCGUUGCGUGUACACGGUGCCUUGACGUCAAGAAAUUGUGUUGUCGAUGCUCGAUGGGUUUUGAAAGUCACCGACUAUGGAUUGAAUCAAUUUUAUGAGGCACAGGGCGUACAACCUCCAACAAAAUCAGCCAAACAAUUGCUUUGGACGUCGCCCGAAUUGUUACGGAAUCCAAAAAGCAAUAACAAGUUUGGCACCCAAGCUGGUGACGUCUAUUCAUUCGGAAUAAUAAUGCAAGAGGUUGUUGUGCGGGGCGAACCGUAUUGCAUGCUGUCAUUAUCAGCUGAAGAAAUAAUAUCAAAAUUGAAAAAACCACCACCGCUCAUACGACCUUCGGUAUCCAAGCAAGCUGCACCACCCGAAGCCAUCAAUAUCAUGCGUCAAUGUUGGGCCGAAACACCCGAUAUGCGACCCGAUUUUAAUUCUGUUUACGAGCGAUUCAAGGUGUUAAAUCAUGGACGAAAAGUAAAUUUUGUCGAUACGAUGUUUCAAAUGUUGGAAAAAUAUUCAAACAAUUUGGAGGAGCUUAUCAGAGAACGUACCGAACAAUUAGAUAUAGAACGUAAAAAGACUGAGCAACUUUUGAACCGAAUGCUUCCAAGUUCCGUUGCGGAAAAGCUGAAACUCGGUUUGAACGUUGAACCAGAGGAAUAUUUAGAUGUAACGAUUUACUUCAGUGAUAUUGUUGGUUUUACAACAAUUGCUGCAUACUGUAGUCCCGUACAAGUCGUAGAUCUGCUGAACGAUUUAUAUACAUGCUUCGAUGCAACCAUAAAUGCGUACAGCGUUUACAAGAUUGAAACCAUUGGAGACGCAUACAUGGUUGUUAGUGGUUUACCCGUUCGCAUUCCGGAUCACGCGGAGCAAAUUGCCACUAUGGCAUUGGAUCUUUUACAUCAGAGUGGCCGUUUUAAAAUAAAACAUCUUCCCGAUGUCCCCUUGCAACUACGCAUUGGCCUACACACAGGACCUUGUUGUGCUGGCGUUGUGGGAUUAACUAUGCCUCGAUACUGUUUGUUCGGUGACACGGUAAACACGGCCAGUCGAAUGGAAAGUACAGGUUCUUCAUCAAGAAUUCAUUUGUCGGAAGCGACGCGUGAUCGAUUAGAAAAGGCCGGUGGAUAUAAUAUCGAACCGCGCGGUGGAAUUGAUAUCAAAGGCAAAGGCAUAAUGAAUACGUAUUGGUUGUUGGGAAAAAAAGGAUUUGAUAAGGUGCUGCCGACACCACCGCCUAUUGGUGAGUCGCAUGGUUUAGAUGAAAUGUUAAUUCAACACUGUAUUCGUUCAAAGCAAAGAACGAAAACACCAUGUAUCAGUACGACGCAUUCAUCGAGUCAGUCAUCAUCAUUGGCUGGCGAACAGGUCGAUGUUAAAGUGGAAAUAACACCGCCUCGUGAUGCUGAAUCAGUGCAAGUACCAAAUUCAUAUUCCAUUGAAUCAGCACCCUCGGUUAAUUUGGGAUUGAGCUUAAGCGAUUUCAAAUCAACAAGCCCACAACCACGUAAACUCUCCGAACUUCCAUCAGACACAUUACUGGCGACGACGAAUUUCGGUCGUUUAACACCAUCACCAUCGAGUGCAUCAUCAUGUAAAUUAUAUAAAAAAUUCGAAGAUUUUCUCGAUCUCAGUUCACCAUACAAUCAUUAUCGAUGCUUAUCGCCAUCGGAAAGUAAUUUAACGCAGUGUAACGAUGGCAAGUACAUUUAUGGCGUUAGCAAAAUGGACAAUAAACCCGGCUCUUCACGACUGUUAAGACGCCAAUUCAGUUUAGACAAAGAUGAUUGCCAAAAUAGUAGCGGUAGUGGACCGUCACAAAUAACAUUUGCUCAAAUGAAAUCGAGUUUGGAUGUGCCAUUACAAGACAUUUCAAUACGACCGUCAUCGAGUCCAACGAAUGUGAAACCGGCACGAUUGCAUAAGCAAAAUUCGGCGAGUGUUGCACAAGAUUUGGGAAAAAUUGAAGAAAUUCCCGCAUCACCCACAUCUUGUAUACUCAAUUAUCGUAGCACACAUUUAAGUCAAAUUCCAGGCAGUGCGGCUGGUUCGCCUCGCAAACCCAAUGAACAAAAUGCAAACCAAAUCUCAACCGUUGCAACACUUGAAAUACCAACAACGAUUUUAUCAUCAGACAUCGCAUCAAGAGCAGUAUCACCCAUUUCAGCUGCAACAAUAUGCAGUAAUAGCGGUGACAGCAUCUCCGAACACAGUAAUAACAACAAUGGUAACAUUUGCUAUCACAUCUAAUCGAUGUUUGAUCAAUUCAACUUUAUUGCCGGCAAGUUUUUUAUGCUGACAACGACGACUACGACGACGAUGAUGAUAAAAUUGCUGAAACAUUCUUGAAUCUCUUUUGCUAUUGGACAAAUAAUUUUAUGAAUAGAAAACCCUUUUACAGAGUGUGAAAUGAAGCUAAUAAAAAAAUAAUUUCAAGUAGUGACAAAAAAAAAAUGCCGUCGCUCUCUUUCUCACUGGAUGAGGAACAGCGUGCGAGUUCAUGUUGUUGUGAUAAACUUUUCUGAAUGGACACAAAUUCAGAAUUCUUUUAUUCAAAAUGUAGUAAAUGAAUGCAUACAAAAAAAAUUAUUAUUGCAGCAGAAACUUUAUAAAUGUAUACAAAGAGAGAACUCAUUGAUUUUAUUGCGCUUCUAAAAUGAAACCAAUAAAAUCGACUAUAUUGUAAUAGUGACGUAGAAUUAAAGAAAAGUUUUCAAAUUUCCAAGUAGGAAGAAAUGUAUUACCCCUGCUUUAUUGUUGAUUGUUGAUUUUUUUUACCAGCUCUGAAUCUAGUUUUCAGUAAGCGACUAGAGAGAGUCAGUAGAAAUUGAAUGUAUAAUUGCUAUUUUAGAUGCUAUAUAAUUGACGUUUUCAAAAUAAAUUUACAUGCUGAAUUGUAGGAAUUUUCAUUUUCUACCAAUUUUUGUAUAAUACAACAAACAAAAAAAUUGGUUGCCAUAUGGCCGUGGCUUGUUCAACUCUAUUAGUGCUUUUAAAAUUUAACCGGAUGACAAAAGAAAUACAAACACAAUCCGAACGAAAGAGACUUAUUGCUGUAUUUAACACCCCGAGAAAACUUAAGCUAGUUCAACAUACACGCAUAGGACGAGCCUAAAAGUGUCUUUUACAUGUAUUUAUAUGCAAACGUCAUUCUCUGAACUUUAGAAGAAUCCCCCUACACUAAUGUAAGAGGAACAAGAAGAAAUGGUUUGUGCAUUGGAUAAAUUUCCACUAUUUUAUAUUAAAUAAGACAUGAACCACCACACAUUUUCAUUAGUUCGAUGUUUAUAGGAUAGAUACAGCGCCAUUCAAUGUCUGACAACUAUACUUGUCCUAUGCAUACACGUAGCAUUUUAUUAAAUUAAAAACCUUUAAUGAAGUGAAAAUAUAAAGUUGCUGAUAAAAUUAAAUGUGUCGACAUUUUAGUAGAAUAAAAAAACAUAAUAAUAAACAAAUAAUUAACUCAAUCAAGUUGUAGCUUAAUCGAGUUAAAACUAGAGUCAUCAUUUUCAAUCGUACAACUGUCGCAUCCCACCAAAACCAUAGAUUUUAUAAUACUUGACAUUUAUAUGUAAUAUGUAUUUGUAUAUGUAUGUAUAACAAAAUGAACACUAUCACUAGUAGUUGGAAAGAAUCAAUGAAUAAUAAGGAUCAAUUUUAUGAUUUAUAAAAGAAUUGACGAUGCCACAAGCAGACAGAGAGUGAGGGGCGUUAUUUUUCAGUCUGAUAUUCCUGUAUGGAAUAUCAAAUACAGAGUAUUCUAUUAUAAAAUGUGAUCGAACAAUGUUGGACAUUAAGAGAAUUUAAAGAAAAUAUAUAUAUAUAUAAAUAUGAUAAUUUAUUCAAACGGACAGGAGCUGUCGGUAAACUACUCAAAUAAACAAAUAAUAUGUUAGAAAUACUAAAUGGUUCAAUAGAUUUUUAUUAAUUAAGAAAUGUUAUAUUUAAUUGCCAAAGAGAAUGUUUUAUAAGUGUUGGUUGAAAUAUGAACAUUUCAAAUUUCGAUUGCUUUUGGAGAAGGCUCAAUUCGACAGAAUGCAUAAUGAAUGCUUUAAAUACCGUACUAAGUGGUUAAGUUGAAAUCAAAUAGUUUAUACUCGUCAUGAGAAUAGAAAUCACAAUCAUACUUUUCUAUUUAUUUAAUGAAUUUUUGCUUUGAUUUUGGAACGGUUUCAACCGACGGCAAACAUUUGAGUUUCAUCAAAUAAAAUAUCAAUCGCCCAAAUAUAUAUCUUACAUUUGUACACUGUUUCUUCAUUCAUGUGGUACGACAUGAGAUGUAGAUGCAUUUUUAUUUGUUCAAUUUCACAACAAAUCAAGAUCUCAGCUAUCAGUAACUGUUUAAAUUUUAUACAACACUGAACAACUCAAUGUUA